UCUGGUGGCUGUUUUCAUUGUUUAUACUUAUCAUUCAAGAAAUUGUUAUUUCUGAAUAAUAUCCCAUGAACUCAGUUUUUAUGACACGUUUGGCACUACUUCGCGGAUUAUGUAGAAGAAUACUUUUCAUUGCGAAGGAAUAAAUUAUUUGAAAUCCUUUUCAAAGAGCUUGGCACAUCAUCAACAUAAAGGCAUUUUUGGGUUGUAUACAAAUCGAAGAUAUGGGAAACAGCGCUCGAAAUUUCUGGACUAAACAGAAGUUUGAUCAAGUUCUCAAGCACAGAUUAUCACCAUUUACUGGUUCUGUGCCGCGAAGCAAAUAACAUUGAGACAAAAGAAACUGAAGUAUCUUUUCCGCGAUAUACCGAUAUACCACACAAACUUAGGGGUAACUAAACUGCGAAUUUUAAGCAUUCCAUUUUCGGGAUAUUAGUAUAAUUUUGACCCACACGUCUACCUUCGAUUAAAUGGAUGAACAAGCCGAAGAAGGAUUUAUUGAAAACGAGGAUAAAGCUUCUAAUUCAGGUACGAUAGAAAAAACCAAAAUUGCAGAGGGCGAUGGAGAUGAUGCAAGCUCAGGUAAGGAAGUUAACGAAGCGUUGUCAGAAGAAAACGAAUCCGUUCUCAAGAAACCUAAUGAAUUAGAGAAUGAGAAUGAACCUGAAGAGGGAGAGCAGAAAACAGAUAGCGCACAAUUAGAAAAAACCAGAGGCGGAGAUCACGAGACCAUAACAAGUUUCGAGGAUGAUGUAGCGACAGUGUUUGCAGAAAAUGAUGCUAGUUUUACCAUCGGUGGCUCGCUCGACCAUGAAAUGUCAGCAGCGGAGAUCGAUGGAGAUGAUAAAUAUACAAGACAAGAAACAGACAGAAUAUCAGUGGAAGAAGAAAUAUUUGGUACAACUGACCCAGAAUCGUCAAAUGAGCUUGAAUCUGAACCCCAGGGUCCUGGAUUUGAGGAUGAUUUGCCUUCUGCUUUAGGCAGGGACCCACAGAACACCUAUUUACAAACUGAGGAUGAUUAUGAAGCAGACAAAAACCAACAAGAAGAUGCAUGUGUCUUGGUAAUGCAAAGAGAGUUGGAUAAAAGUAUGGAUGAAUCUCAAAAAUCUGAAACCUCCACAAUCGUGGAAGACAGCGCCUUAGAAACAAAAGAUUCAAACUUCCAUGACGGCCAGGAGGAUGACGAGGAGAAUGAAGACCAUAGCAAAGCCGACGAGGAGAUUGAAACCGAUAAUCUUGACAGGUAUUUGAAACAACAUGACAACAAUUUCGAACCGAUCGCCCAGGUAAACAAUACUAAAGAAGUGGAGAAUAUAUCUUCACAUACUGAUAGCCAGGGAAGCGAAGAGAACACAGAACACUUUGACGACGUAGGCGGCCGAGAAAGUGGUUUACAGGAAGGAAACGAGAAUUUUGACAACGAGGAAACCCGAUCACUACCAGAAGCAGUUGAACAAGAUGAAGAGAAACGGUCGGAAAUGGACGAUGUUUCAUUAAAUUCUGAAAUACACAACAAUGAAGGCGCUCUUUCGCGAGAUGAGGUACACGAUAGACAUUUAGAGGAAAGGGCCGCUUACGAAUCUAAUUUGGAAGACGACUUCCUUGCAAACGAUAGAGUUUCGGGCAGUUUCUAUGGUGACGAUGACCUGUCAUCGAUAUUUUCCGAUGACGAUCGCGACAUGUCAAACGUACUUCAAGAAAACAGGAUCCUGAAAGAGGCCAUGAUGCAACUCAGGAACGAUAACCCCGAUGGAUUCACCGACACCGUCAGCGAAACUUCAGAUGAAUUUGAUGAUUUUCAUUCGUACCCGUACGGAACCGGUACCGACCAUAAAUUGCAGACCAGCAAGUGGAUGGCGGACAAAGACCUAAGCGACGCAAGGAUCAACGAGAUGUUACGAGAGAAGAGGGAUAGCCAGGCAAAAAUGCGACAGAUUGAGAGAGAAAAAGCUAUCUUUGAGCGAAGAUAUAGGCAGGACAAAAUGGAGAAGGAUUUCCUUGAAGAAAAAUUCAAUUUAAAGUCCUCUCAACUCGAGGACGAAAUAAGGAACUUAAAACAGGAAAACCAACGGCUUAAACGAGGAAAUACCCAGGGAAAGGGAACGACUCCAAGCGUUGGAGUAAAGAAAUUUGAAAACACAAAAGAAGCUGGAGUUACUUCCCUAAAUGAUCAUAACAAUCGCCGCUUUCCCGGGCAAAAUGGCUAUGCUCUAGAUAUCGCCAUCUUAGCAAAAGAAAAUGAGAAAUUAAGUGAAAUAAUAGACCACCUGCAGGACGCCCCCAAGAGUGAUCCAUUCAACGACCUCGUUGACAAUUUGGACAAAUACGCUCCCAAGGAAGAAUACCUAAGGCUAGAAAAGGAAAAGCUAAAGUUAGAAACAGCACUGAGGGAGAAAGAACGGAUGCUGAAGGAUCAAGAGAGAUUGAUGGAAGAGAUGAAAUUUGAUUUAGAGGAAGAAAUAGAAAUCCUGAAGGACAACCUGAAAAAGGCUGAAAAUAAAAACAAAGAGAAAGCCAAACUAUUGACUGAGAAUGACAUUAAGAUGGUGGACAUCAAAACUAAAUGUACAGAGAAAGUAAAAAAGCUUGAGACUAAAUUAGAACAAGAAGUUUUCAAGAAAGAAAAACUUGAGUCGGCUAUUGUCAAUCUAAAGAAGCGCAACAUCAGCUUUGAAAAAGAGAUUGAAGACAUGAAUAAUCGAGUGGAAAAACUACAAAAACAAGAACUGGAGGUGGAAGCCAAAACUCGCAGGAAAUUGGAGGACUUUCAGGAACGCUUGAAUAAAGAAACGGAGGAAAAAAACAAGCUCAGUCGAAAUGUUGAAGCUCUACUUCAGGACUUAAUGCAGCUGAAAAGUAAAAUGCUUGAAGAUUCGGAGAAGCACGCCAGAGAAAAAGAAAUGUUAAGAGAAUCGCUUGAAACUGAGAAAGCAAGAAUAAUGGAAGGACGUGAGAGCGAAAACCGGCGACUGAAGGCUGAACUAGACGAGGAGAGGAAAAGAAAUGAACAGCUAAUAAGAAGAAUGGCAGAUAUUCCAAGAGAAACGAUCGCAUCUGUAAUGGAAAGUACGACGGAGUCAGGUAUUUUCGAGGGUGUUAUCAGUGACAUGGAACCAGAAGGUCUACUAGAGAGCACAAUACGAGAAGAGCAGUAUAAUGAGCCAGAGAGGGAUAACAUUGUUACAGACAUGAAUGAAGGUCGCGCUAAAAGCGAAGAGCGGUCAUGGAAUAGUGACACACUCGCAGACGAUAACAGCAGUCACACCAACAAACUGCAGAAGAAAGUCUUAGAAGUAACAAAAUACAACAGCAUUAUGCAGCAAAGAAAUAAAGAGAUAGAGGAGGAGAACAUCAAUUUGAAGGAAAAAAUAGAACGGGUAGGUAGAGAUGUGACUAAGAUGAGAGAACUCGAGGAUAAAAAUGAAGAGCUACGAGAAGAAAUUGUUCGACACACAAAGAAGCGAAGCGAAAUACAAAAAAAACUGGACGAUAUGUUUGAAGAAAUCGAUGAUAGUACCAAAAAGCUGAACAAAGUAGAAGGGAAUAAUGCCUUUCUCAGCGACGAAGUUGAACGGCUAACAAAGAAGAUCAAAACAAUGGAGGAAGAAUUUGCCGAGGAGAAGUCCAAAUUAGUAUCCUCUUUGGAACAAGACAAGAAAAAUGCGAUUGAUGAAACUGAGCGACGUCUGGAAGAACAAAAGGCAAGAGGCAAGAAACUGGACAGUGAAAUAGAAGAACUCCAAUGCGAUAUAAGGACUCUUAAAGAUGCAAAAAGGGCAGCAGAGGAGAAAUAUGUAAACGACACGAAGGAACUCGUCGAAAGGCAUAAUUUGGAGCUGGCUAACGAACGAGAAAGGUACCGACAACUGCAGGAUGAAUUGAACAACAACGCUGGGGCUGUUCGUAAAGUAACUGAGGAAUGGGAACAGAUGCUCCGAAAUGCUGUGUCCAGAUACGAAGAUGACCUUCAGAAGAAUGAAGACGAAAGAAGGAAAUUGGCAGAUGAGUUUCAGUGCCAAAAAGAGGCCAUGAAGUCUCGAUUCGAGAAAGAAAAAGCCAAGUUGGAACAACGAAUUACAGAAAUUGAAAGAAAUGCAAGAUCACCACUAGACGGCCUUAGUAGUUAUCAAGAUCCACAAGUAGACUUCUCCUAUAACCACCAACCACAGAAAGGUGAUGGUGAGGAAGAAAAUGAUGUCACCAGUGACAUUGGCGAGGCAAAUGACAAGAUAAGAUAUCUUCAAAACGAGAACCAGAAACUUGAGCAAAAACUAGCUCAAAUUCAUAAGCAGUACGAAAAACAAAAAACUGCUUUAGAAAAUGGACACCGGGAGGAAAAACAGAAGCUUGAGGAGGUACUGAAAGAGGAUUUCAAAAGAAGAAUGGAAGAAAACAAGAAGUAUUAUGAAGACCUCAUGGACGCUAUCCGAGGAAAACAUGACAAAGAGGAGGCAGAACUUGCUCACAGAUUUAAAAAGGAGAAAAAAGAGCUAGAAGAGAAAAUGAAACAAGAUUUUUCGAAUAAUCUGUCUUCUAGGAGCACAAGUCUCGAGAACAAAAUUCAGGAUCUCGUCUCUCAGAAAGUACAAGAGCAGAAAGAAAUCGCAAAGAAAACGGAAGAAAAAUACAACACGGCACUUGCACAGAUGAAAACUAGGGUAAAAGAAAUGCAGAAUGAAAGGAAUGAAAUGAAGAGAAGAUUCGAAAGAGAAAAGAACGUAUUGGAGGCCACGAUACAGGCAUUGACUAAAGAGCUUGAAAAAGCGAAACAGGAAAAGAAGGAUCUGAAAAAGAAACAGAAGAAAGACAAAGCAGAAAUGGAGGAAGCUUUUGAAAAUGAAAAGAAAGAGAUGAGGCAGAUAUGGGAAAAGUGUAAACUUGAGACAAUCAAUCAAAUCGAAGAGGAAUGGAUAGAAAAACUGAGGAGUGAAAAUGCAAAAUCUGAACUUUCAAGAGAAGAACAACGAGGAGAUUUUGAAGCAAGGCUGAAACAAAUGAAACUGAAGUUUAAAGCGGAAAAGGCAGAGCUUGAGAAACGACUGGCAAACGCUACAUCUGAGGCUAACUCUCUUGCAGAAGCUAAGAAGGACAUGGAGGCCGCUCUAGAAGAGGAUUAUAGGCGUAAACUCCAAAAGGAAAAGGAAAACAUUGAAAGCACGCUACAAGGUCUUCGCCAGGAGAUAGCACGGCUGCAAGAGCACAGGAAACAACUACAAAGUCAAAUGUCUAACAGAGAUAGUCGCGCAAACGUCAGUGUCCCGCUAUCACCGGAAAAUAAUGCACAAGUCUUAGCGAAGCUGGACAAUGAAUAUCAAGAGCAGAUACGAAGAGAAAAAGAACAUCACGAAGGCAGAAUGAGAGAAAUGGAAGAGGAGAUCGAAAAGCUCCAUAUUGAUCUUUCCCAAAUGAAGACCAAAGCUCGCCAAGAAAAAAGUAAAGUCAAAGCAGAAUUUGAAAGGGAAAGAGAAGAGAUGGAAGAACAGUUCGAAAAAGAAAGGAACGAAUGGCGGACAAGGAUGAGUUUUAUUGCAACGAUACAACCUGGGGGGUCACAAAGACGAUCAGCUCACUUUGAGAGACGUUCACGUGAUCUGCGAGAAAGAGAAUUUUACCACACCGAUAGAAAUACCUCCAGAAUGCAGCACAGUGAGGAUUUACGGAGUCAACAACAUAAUGACCUGUUGUCUUCGACUGGGGAACUACGAAAAAAUGCCACUGAAUAUUUAAAAUCUAUUUUCUCAUUUUUGCGUAGAUGCUAUGGGGUAAAGACGAACACGAUGGAGAGUUCACAUCAGAGUGUAGAAAAUCCGGAAGUUCAACUAGAAACGACAACUGAUAGCCAUGAAACACACACGCAAGAGAAUUAUCGACACGAAAUAGAGGACAUAGUGAGAGGAUUUAUCAUUGAGAAAGACAUUUUGGCCCAGAGCCAUGAGGAGGAAAUACGUCGGAUGAAAAACAGUUUUGAUCUGGAAAGAAGACAACUUCUGCAUCAGCUGGAAAUGGACAAGGACCAAAUGAUGGAGGCUUCAAGAAUAACAGAAUCCGUAGCGAACGGUGUCGCUUUCGCCGCCUCGGAUACAGUUUCUCACGACACCGGUCAAAUUCGUUUGUUUUCCGGCGCGGAGAGUUUAGCAGGCGCACAGCGGUUGGGAAGCUUUCAACCUGUGUCUAGUGGGGGCCAUGAUAUUUAUGAAGUGGAUUCCAAUUUAAUACGCGAAAUCGCGGAGGUAUAUCUACGAAUAAAUAACGGUCCUUUGACCAGCCAGAUACAUCCAGAGUUAGACUUGGAGGAUAAAUAUGAGAGGGAAAGGGAGUCAAUUGAGAGGAACUUCCAAUUAGAAAAACGUGAGCUUAAGCGAAAACUGGAGGAGGAAUAUCAACGUCAGUUGCAACAGGAAAAAAUGAAAUACGAGGCAACUAUAGCCGAGAUGAAGACAACUAUUUCUGAGUUACAUUGGCAAAAGAGAGAAGCUGAAAACUACCUCCGACACGAGAAGGAGAGAUGGGAAAUGAAUUCGGAAAGGGAUAAAAACGAAAUCGAGAAAAAGUACUUGCAGAUGCUUCAAGAUACGCGACGAAAAAUGGACGAAAAGCAUUGUAGUGACCUAGAGAAACAAAGAGAGAAGUACGAAGAAAACAUUUCCGACCUACAGACCGAUAUUUCGAAGUUAACGUUACAGCUAAAGGAGCUGAACGAUAAUUUGAGUCAAGAAAAAGAAAUAAUUAUGACCAAGUUCGAGAGAGAGAUCAAAGAAAUGGAGCAAGCUUUUCUAGAGCAGAGAAGCUCCUUAAAGGCUAAUUUCGAGGCAGAGUUUAUGAUGCGUCUUGAAAAUGAAACUUCACUUCUCAAAAACAUCAACGUUAAGCUGAAGGAAGACUUGGAAUUCAUGGAGAAAGAAAGAAAAGAUAUGGAGAAGAAGGGUAAAGAAGAACGACGAAAGCUUGAAGAAAGGUUCGAAGAGGAAAUAUCGGAAAUAGAGCAGAGGUACUCGGAAGAAAAACGAGCGUUGAAACUGAAACUUGAAGAGAGAUACCAGCUUGGACUUGUCAGAGAAAAGGGGGGAUUAGAAGAAACGAUUCAAGAAAUGAGCGAGGAAAUCACGCUUCUAAAGCAAGAGAAUGCGCAGAUGGAAAUCACAUACGCCGAGAGGCGAGAAGAACUUCGAAGGCAGUUGGAGAUGGAGAGGGAAGAUAUGCGACGAAAGAUUAAUAUCGAAACGGAGGAGGUGCGUAUUCGAAUUGAAAAUGAAUUAUCACAGAAGUUGAUGCUGGAAAAGUCGUCUCAGGGCGAUAUCUUCCAGCAGAACGAAAGAAGGGCAAUGUUACUUAAAGCUAAUUGCGAUCAUCUUGAGCAGCAGAUGUCAGCACUGACCCAGGAACGAGAUAUGUUGAUACGAGACCGGGCAAGGCUUGAAGAAAAUCUGAGGAGCAAGGAGGUACGUUUGACGGAUAUGAACGAUGGACGGAUUUCGAACGCAGAGGGCUGGGACGCCGGUAGCGCUAAACUGAAGGAAAUAAUCCGUGAAAAGGACAAUGAACUGGCUGCUGUUAAGUACGAGAAUCAGAAACACGAAUUAAGUCUGUCGGCCAUGAGACGUGAAACGAAUGACCUGCAAGACGAGAUAGCCAGUUUAAAGCGGCGAUUGCCUAACUCGACCGAGCUGUUUGACGCGAAAUUCGGAAGCAAUGAAAGUGGAAAAGCUUCUUUAGAGGAAAGUUUGAGAAGAAAGGAAGGCGAGGUAAGCUCAUUGCAGAGAGACAAGUAUGAUCUUGAGAGUCGACUGUCGUCCAUACAGCGCAAAAAUGAAGAACUAGAGGAUGAAAUUGCAACACUGAGGCGCAAAAAGUUGGAUGUUGAAGAUGAAAUCUCUGCUUUGAAACGAGACAAAGCUGAAUCUGAUAAUCAACUGGCAUCACUGAAAAGAGACAAAGCAGAUCUUGAAGACCUUUUAACCAAUCUAAAGAGAAAGCAAGGGGAGGUCGAAGACACCAUGUCCAUGAUAAAAAGAGAAAAGGCAGAACUUGAACAUGAGAUCUCUAUCCUAAAACGAAAUAACUCGACGAUGGAGAUUGAGGUUCACAGACAGUUCAGCGAUGAACAAGAGAAAUCCCGUACCGUGCACCGCGAUCGCGAUCACGUUACGCAAGAUAAAAUAAUGCCGAGCGCUACGAGAGAGAUUUCGUUUCAGUCGCAUGACAGCUUUAACUCAAAUAAUGAUGACCGUGGUUCUGAUCUUAAUGGAGACGCUGGUAAAUUGCAAAAGAAAGUGUCGGACUUGCUAAGGCAACAAAAUGACUUAGAGAGCGCCAUUGGAAGAUUAAGCCAGGAAAAGUCUGACCUUGAGAAGGAUUUAAAAGUAAAGCUGGAGUACCGAAGAAGUGUACUGCAUCAGCCUAACGAAAGCUCUUUACAGGAAGAUACCAAAGAGAACAGUUGGGUGUUACACAGACAAAAAGACGACUUAGAGAGGAUGAUAUCCUCCUUAAAGAAAGAACAAGAUAAACUAGAAAGUGAGGUUUCCCAGUAUCAGAUAGAGGCGUCAAGUUUGGAAGGGAGACUGAACGAGUUAAAGGAUGACAAGGCAAAGAUGGAGCUGGAAAUCAAAGCAUUGAACCACGAGAGACAAAACAUUCAAAAAACGAUUGACGUUAUUAAGAAAGACAAACGAGAAGUAGAUGGGAGGAGAAAAGUGCCUUCUGGAAUCCCUCGAUCCAAGACUGAUAGAGCUCAGGAAGGCAACAACAUAGAUCAAAAGAUUACUGACCUGCAACAAGAGAGGGAUGACUUGAAAAUGCAACUCGUGCAGCUUCAAUCAGAAACAGUCACAAAUAAUCUUUACUUCUCUAAAGAAGCCAUACGCACUGACGAGAAAGAAGUUUCAGAGCUAACUAAGAUUCGCAAGGAGCUAGAGAAAGAAAUAACUCUAUCGAAAAGAAAUAAGGCCGAAGUGGAAGCUGGCAUCAUUGUGGUUCAGGAGGCUGCAAGGCAAGGGGAGAAUGACGUCAAUAAUUUACGAAAAGAGAAGAAGGAUCUGGAGCUACAAGUCACAGCACUAGAAAGCCAAAUCACACGGCUGAGAGCUGAAUGCUCCGUGAUGAAAGAUGAACGAGACAAGAAUGAGAGCGAGGUUGAUAGACUACGCAGGGAAAAAGCUGAAUUGGAGAGAGAUGUAUUUACUUUACAAAGCCAGCAACAGCAACUUGAGACGAAUAUUUCAGUAGGCGACGAUGCAUGGAGAAGAAAGACCAUUGCAACAAAUGGACUGCAGACAAAUGUCCAGGACAUAACUACUAAUCUAGAAACUUUGGUGAGGCGAAAAAAAGAUUUGCAAUCAGAGAUAGUAAAGAUUAAAGCGACAAGAGAUCAAGAGGAAAGAGAGACGCAACAGCUUCGCAGAGAAAAGUCCGAAAUUGAGUUUCAGUUGUCCGUGUUGAGGACGGAACCUAACGCACAAGAUCAAGAGCACGGGCCAACGCAUGGAACGUAUACUAAAGAAGGGUAUUUGGGAUCAAAGGCUAAUGACGUUCUCACUACACAGGAAGAACUAAAAGACUGGCUAAAACAAAAACAAGAUCUGCGGUCAGAAAUUUCAAAGAUCCAAACUCUCAAAACCAACGAAGAAGACGACUUACUGAAGCUUCGACAGCAGAAAUCAGACAUGGAGAUGUACAUUUACGAUGUGGAAAUUAAAAAACAGGGUCUUGAAAUGGAUGGGCUGUAUUCGAGAUGCGAGAGACAAGAACUGAGAAACGCACCAGAUCGAACAGAAGUAGAGGUGGCUAUCACAAGCGAUCGCCAACCGGAUAAUCAUAGAUUUUCUACGGACCACGACGUCAAAAGUGAGGUUGAAAAUUCACAAAACUAUCAUACUUCGCAACAGCAGGUAUCACAUCAAAGAACUCAAUUCUCAUCAUCAGAUAGUUAUCAGAUGACCUCUAAUAAUUCCAGUACUUCCAUCAAUAAUUCAUAUUUCCACAUCAAUCACCCACAACGUGGUCUUCCAUCGGAGACUCUGUCGACAAAUCCAAACAGUUCUACACUCCACGAAGACUCCAUCAAGGAAGACAACACCGUGGUCUCCUUGAGACGGGAGAGGAACGAGUUAGAAAGCCAACUCUAUGAUAUGAGAAUACAGCUGACGAGACUGCAGGCAGAAGUGACAAGUCUGGAGAACAGACGAACUGUUCUGGAAACAGUGCAUCGAGGAUACGCUACAGCUGAUUUGGAUGUAAAGCUGAUAAACGUACAUACUGUUGAAGUUGACACUGAUCUGUGUCGUAACACCACAAGAUCUACGACCGAGGAUGAGAAAGAUACUUUAAUUCAAGAAUACCAGGAUCAAAUUCGACAACUACAACAGCAAAAGCUUGAAUUAGAACAGAAAGUGGGUCUACUAGAGUGGCAGCUUGAAAACAUGAAACAAAAAGUGGAGCUUCAGGAAAUAGCCCACCGACGGGAAAUAAGCACUUUAAGUGAAAAGAGCCAGUCAUUUCAUGGUUUCCAAGGUGACAGACAGGAUGACACCCUCCAAGUGUUUUAUCAGAGGCUCUCUUAUUUCCUCAUGACUGGUGAACAUAGCAGCAAGGAAAUUAUGGAAGAAAUUGAAAGGCAAAUUUCAAACCUAAAAGAAAAGGCGGAGUUUGAUCACAAAAACACUAAAGAAUUUGUGACCCCUGUCUCGGUGAAGCUGGAUAAAGAAAGAUAUUCUUCUAAAAUCGAUGGCACUAUAGCUCAGGAUUACGCAAUCCAAUUGAAAGCACAGAUGGAAACUGCAGAUAAUCAGUUGAAAACUUGCGAGAAAAUAAUACACAGAUUAUAUGGUGAAAACAACGAUCUUACACAGCAAAACCUGAAUCUAGAGGGAAAGCUCAAGGCAGCGUCGCGUUCUCAAGAGAAACUUCAGCGCAAAAAGAUCCUUUUGCAAAAUCUCGUCGACAAGCUUAAUGGACAAGUGGAAAAAGAUGCGCUGCGGCAUCAAUCUUACUUAGUAUUGGAGCUCGAUAAGGACGUUUCUUUAUAAAGGAUUAGUUAGAGAGUUUUAAAUGGGUAUGAGAGCCAAAAGCGAAGAGUUGAUCCGCACACUUUUGACUGGUUUUGUCACUGAAACUUUAGGACACUCUUUCGUUUCUAAUUAAGAAACAAACGCAGAAAAAAGUCAUUUUUCCAUUGGGUUGUUCAAUGAUUUUGUAUCAUCGUAUCGGGAAAAUGUAUCGUAAACUUCAUACAGGUUUUUAUAUUAAUAUUUUCAGACUGGAAAUGUGUCAAUGCACUGAUUUAGUGAGAAACUCAACAAAUCGUGGUUAUUGCACCCUUAAUAGAGAAGUGUACAAAAUACUUGGAAGUUAUUGGCUUCGUAGAGUUAUCACUUUCAUAUUUCCUAUUUUUUUCAUGGAAGAGGCGAAAGUAUCCAGACUGAGGCCCUGAUUACAUGAGCCGAGCUGGCCCGGUUAGCCGGGCUGAUUUCUUUUGUUUUCACGCUUCGGCGAACACCAAAACAAAAGAAAUCAGCCUGGCUAACAGGGCCAGCCCGGCUCAUAUAAUCAGGCCCUCAGAGAGAGCAUUUAGACAUUACUGCACAAACAAUACAUGGAAGCGAAACUUCACACUUAGUCAUGCUUUGGGAAUUCGCCUUAAACCGACAAAAAGGGAAAAUCCUGCGUCUCGUUAAUUUUAUUUUCAUGCAAAGGUUUUCGCAAUGUGAUCUACAAAGUGAUCUGUUUAGGGUCAGGCCAGCCCCCAUGAUUCCAAGAGAAACUCCGUGGGAACGAAGUUGAUCGAAAACUCGGGCAAACGAUGGAUAACGCGUCAGAAGACUUGUAGGGGCUUGCUUCUAGCUUCUCGCGGUUGCUAACGGUCCUAAAAAAGCUGGGGAUUUCUUGUUGUUGUUUAUUUCAAGAUCAAAAUGUUUAUAAAAAGUUUUGAUAUUUAAGAAAUGAAAUUGCAUUGUAUCGAAACAGAAUACUGGCUGAUGAGUAAAGACGGGCUCUAUUAUUCUUUAGAUUUAUAUAUCCCAAGGUUGUCCUAGUUACUUGGAUUUUAAGAGAUGCGACCUUCUGGGGACUGAAUCUUGUCACUGAGGUCACCCUACUUCAGUUCGCUUGUCUGGUUGCUCGUCACAGAUCUGUCGGCUAGUUGGGACUCUAAGCUACAUAAAUGAAAUAUUAAAAAUUUAAAUUUUUAUGGUUA